AUGGCAGCACCAGCCCGUGUUCUCAGUCAGCUCACAGCACUGACGAUUGCGGCUGCGUUUUCCCAGAGCACCUUGCUGGAGCUAAAGGAGGAUGUGCUGCGCUUCCUUCCAGACGCGGCGAAGAGAGCCGAGUUGCCGCUGAGCAGCCCUCCCCAGCGCCAGAACAAGAUUGACCAUGUUGUCGUCCUGUACAUGGAGAACCAUGCUGCGGACCAUUUCUUCGGCUGCAUGGAUCUACCUGGCUUUGACGGUAUCAGAGGUCAUCGCGUUCCGGUCGAUCCUACGGAUGCAUCUAAGGGCUUCAUCAACAUCACGUGCGGAGCUGCACCGUACGUUUGCAGCAAAGGCCCAGCAUAUGCGACAUGGAACGGGAAGUUUGCCAAAGAUGGCAAUCCGAACAAGUAUCCCUACUCCGUACAGAGUGACAACUACUCGGCAUGGUGGGGAGCUGCGGAGAACAGCACUGCCGUGACGAUGUUCUCGCCAGAGCAGGUGCCCAUCAAGGCAGCGAUCGCACAAAAUUUUGGUGUGUUCAACAAGCUCUUCACAGCUGUGCCCUCUGCAAGUAGCCCCAAUCAUCUCUUUACUCAGUCCGGCACCAGCUGCGGAAUGACUUCAAACGUUCUUUGGAAGCAGUGUGGAGGGAAUGGGACAUACUUCCCGCAGCCAACCAUUUAUGACUCCCUGCGCCUGCACAACGUCAGCUUCAGCCUCUUUAUGAACAGCACGUGUGGCUUGGAUGGCAAGCCCUGCCAUGGUGAGGAUCCACAUGAUCCUGAUUCGGGCUCGGCCAUCUCCACCCCGGAUGUUGCAAUGAUUGGAGUUGCACGACACAAGGACCGCUUCAUGAGCCAAGAGAUCUUCUAUCAACAAGCUGCAAAUGGCACGCUGCCGGCACUGUCCUGGGUUCUGCCUCCAAUUCAGGCUUGCGACCAUCCGUGUCAUGACAUUGCCAAGGGCGAGCGGAUCUUGAAGGAUGUCUACGAGGCUGUACGUUCGGGGCCCGGCUGGAAUCGGACCUUGCUCUUUGUGGCCUACGAUGAUGCAGGGGGCUACUAUGACCACGUGGUACCUCCCUUUGAAGGCGUUCCAGCAGACAACUCGACAUGUGUCAUCCCAGGUCUUCAUCCAGACUGCGGCCCGGCCUUUGACUUCCGCCGGCUGGGACUCAGAACCACGGCCAUGCUCAUUUCACCCUGGGUGGCAAAGGGGACAGUCUACCAAGAGCCAAAGAAAGGGCCCACGAACACGUCACAGUUUGAGUUGACCUCCGUGCCCGCGACGAUCAAGAAUCUCUUCAACCUGUCCUUCUUCCUCACUCAGCGGGAUGCCUGGGCUGGGAGCUUUGAGGAGCUGCUCUUAGAGACCCCGAGGUCCGAUGCACCCCUUCAUCUGCCGGAUGCCCCUGCGCCGGCCAGUCCUUGGACGCCGCCUCCAAACAGAACGUCGGCUGUCGAAGCACCCAGCACACGGAGUUCGCAGCUCAGCACACCGAGCUCACGGCCGCAGCCGACCCCACAGCACUGUAGCUCCUGGCAUGGCCAAGGGGAAUCCCAGUGCAGAGGCCUUGCUCAUGCGAACUUGAAGCAGCAGCGCAACAUCCGCCUGCUGGCGGACAUGCUGGAGAUUCCGGUGCCGGCCAUCGGGAAGAUGAACUUCUUUGAAGCGAACGCAUGGCUCAGCUCGAAGUGGAGCCUGUGGAUGAAGGGCAGUAAGGGCAGUAAGGGCAGCAAGGGCAGCAGCAGCUCGAGAUCCCAAGCGCCUUCCGAGGAAGCAGCGAUGAUCUCCCAGAGGUGGGAAAUGGGUUUGGGGCUCUCACUUUGCCAGGUCCAUUACUGGCUAACGGGCCUCUCCGCCUCUCGCAUGUACUACGUCCAGGUCGCGGCAAAGACUGCCUGUGGCCAAGGCGAAUGGUCUCCGAAGAGCCUUCCGCUCUUUACCUGGCGUAAGGCCCCACAGGUGGCCGCGCCGCAGCUCCUGGCUGGCAGCCACGCCUCCCUGGUCUUGGGCCUCACGUUCGAGAGUCCAGAGGACGCGAGCAAAGGACAGGACGAGGAGGUCGAGCACUUUGAGUUGACGCUGCAGCCCUUGCAGCGCGGGGCAGAGUCAAGGCACCUCCAGUUCAGCCGCUCCGUGGCGGCGGAGUUGGCCACCAAGGUGAAGCCGAGGUUAUCACACAUGCUUGGGCUGUCAGAGGAGGCAUUCCCUUCGCACGUUGUCGUGGCCAGUCAUCUCCAGGACCGGACUGUCUACUCGUGCACCGCCGCUGCCGUCACACCGGCCGGCAAUGGUCAGUCAUCGCAGGCGAUGCGGGCAGAAACCUUGCCUGUGCCUCCACCGGUCACUGGCCUCACUGUCGAGACAGCAGACCAUCACUCCGCCACCAUCUGCUGGCGGGUUUCACCGAGCCCGGACCUCGAGCGCGCGGAUCUCUGCCUGGGUGCAGAAGCCGAGGAGGAGCUGCGCCAACGGCAGCUUCGAGGUUUCCGCAUCCGCUUGAGCUACGAGCCAGAGUUGCGCACCACCGGUGGCGGCAUCCGGGCACAGCCCGCCUGGACAGAAGCCGUUGGCGUGCGGGCGUCGGCCGCGGAGCGAUUUGGCGCCGAGUCAGGUCUGUUUCGCUAUACGCUGCGGGACCUCAAGUCCAGCAGCACCUGCCUCGUGCAGGUCUUGGCAGUGGCCCAGGGACAAGGGGAAGGCGAGUGGUCGGAAGCAGCACAAGUCUGCACAGAAGCGCUGGCGCCUGAAGUUAGAGGCACCCCGGUGAACGAGCAGACCCUGCGGCAGAGUGCCUCGCUCAAAUGGGUGACGCCCAAAGAGAUUCAAGGUGCGCCCGUGUGUGGAUACAAAGUUCACCUCACCAAGACCCGUGAGCGCGGCCGCGGUGCCUCGCGGGACUUCGAGCUGCGGUUGCAGGGUUUCCCAGCAACUGCGGCGGGCUCGCCGAGCGCAUCGGCAGAAGAGAUGUCGGGGCGCAUCUGGAAGGAGGAGAAGGAUGGCCUCAUCACGCGCAUGGAGCUGCGGGACUUAGUGCCAGGCACCUCCUACGCGGUUCAGGUGUCCGCAUUGACAGUUCGAGGGGAAGGCGAGCGGAGCGAGGCAGUCACGUUGAAGACGCGGCCUGUGGCUCCAGUCAUGGGGGCGAUCCGCGCUCGCGUGGUUCAUGCAUACCAUGACCACCUCAUACUGGAGUGCGCAGGCGCGGUGCCCGACUGGUCUCGUGGCGAAGCCAGCGACGUGAAAGGUUACAGCGCGCGGUACUACGAGUGCGCCCGCAGCUACGCUCCCAAUGGCUCCUGGGUUACCGUGGAAAACGUGGAGCUGCUUGAGGAGUGUGCGAGCACCGAGCUGCUUCGCUUUGCGCUGAGGGGCCUGUUACCAGAGCGCCAGUAUGUGGUUCAAGUAGCCGCCCAGACUGCAGCCGGGAGAGGGCCAUGGUCCGAACCGAGCGAGAAGCUCGCGACUUGGCGCUUGGCACCUCGCUUGGCGCCACCACAGAGCCUGCUGCGGACACACGACACGUUAGUGCUUGGAUGGAACCGGGAGGAGCCAGAUCCGGAGACGCUCAGUGGCGAGGUCCACGACGAGGAGAUCAGGGAGUUCCUGGUCAAGGUUUCCCCUGCAAUUGGCAACCGCACGGCGCAGGCGCGCACGCAUCGCGUGGUGCUGCAGAAGGCCGAGACUUUUGCAGAGACCUGGGGGGCUGUCAAAGAAGAAAACGCUUCCUUGACGACUGGGCCUUUCUUCUGUGAAGGUGCAAGCGGUCGCUACCAGUUUGUUUCCGUGGUGCCGGGCCUUCUUCCAGAUCAACGCUACAGCUGCCAGGUCGCGUCUGUGGCAGCCAGUGGCCAGGGAGAUUGGUCACCACUCUCGGUCGAGGUGGUCAUGCUUCCCGUGGCCCCUCUGGUGGACCGUGCGCAGGUGGAUGAGGUGCAGCACGAUCAAAUCCAGAUCUCAUGGGAGCACGUGCAACUGAAGCCUGGCAUCACCGCGGGCAUUUGUGACCGCCUUUGCCUCACAAAGUCCUUGGAGGACCUCCACGUGUGCGCCUACGCUCUGCGGGCAGCUGCUUGGGCUACCUGGCGGGGACCACAGUGGCGCACCCCCGAAACCGUAGAGGUGGAGACGCUUCCCGUUGCAGAGGGUGGGCGUUUCCAAUUCUCGGUGAAGGAUCUGGAGCCCGAGAAGCUGUACGUCGUCGAAAUCCGAUCACAGAGUGCAAGUGGCUGGGGAGACUGGUCCCGAAUCGGAGAAAAUCCGGUCUGCACAGCCGUGGUCGCCCAGGAGCCCACAGCGCCCGAGCUGGUUUACGCCACGUCGCGGGCGCUGACCUUUGCCUUCCCUGGCGUUGAGGACGGUCGAAUAAUCGCUUACGAAGUGAGGCGACAUGAAGGCUGGAGAGGCCGGCCCACGAGGCCCUUGCGGUUUGAUGCCCAGUCCCUGGCCGUCCGGGUGACCUCGGAGAACCGAUGGGUGGUGACGGUCGACCAGCUGCAGAGGGGAACGACCUACACUCUGCAGACGAGGGGGAUCACGUCCGGCGGUGGUGUCACGAAGUGGUCCGAGAAGUCCGAGCCAAUGUCCACCCUUACAGAUGAAGAUGGUGGCCACGAGGUGGAGGUGAGCGUAGGGGUCAACGAUGAGUCCCCGAGCCUCGGCCCGCUGCAGCUCACCACGGCUAUGCCGGCGGCCGACGUCAACUCGGCGGAGUCUAUGGAGGACUUCUCCAAGAAAUUGGAGUCGGUCCUUGCUUUCACCAUCGACCAGGCCACCGCGGGCGUGCGCCUGCCAUCGGUGCGGAUUCCCUCCGUGGCAGAGCAGGCAGAGGAACUCUUGCAUGCCCACCAUGGGGACCGCCGUGCAGCAGUGCUCGAGGCGGCGAAGAUAGAGGAUGACGACACCUGGCGGACCAAGCUCCCAGACUUCCUGAUCCAGCAGGUGCCUGUCGUCGGCUGUUCCACCGUGCUGCUUCGAGAGCUUUGGAGGAACAUCCGGCGAUGUGCGCUGGUGGCACACCUGUAUGGUCACGACACGCGCAGUCCGGAGACGCAGGCCCUGAUCCUCACCUGCCUCGUCCCUGGCGGCUCUGGAACUCCAGCUGCACCGGCGGUGCCGGCAGCUGGAACUGGGUCUGCCAGCUCGCAGCAAGGCUACGUGGUGAAGGACCAGAGUGCAGUGCUCAACACGGGCGCCCUGGCGGGCGAGGAUGUUGUGUCUUCCCGGCGGGUGGCGCUUCUCGUGUCGCGGGCCUUGGCCAAGGAAACCUUCGUCCGCGCAACCGGGCUGAAAAGCGCCGGGCAGGUUGUCGGCCUUCUGGAAGUAGCCGGGCGGCUCUUGAAGAACAGCUCAAAGGAUGCCGCCUCAGAAGGCAGCGCCCUCACCGAGCAGCUCUCAGAUGAUGCCCUGGUCGCCGAAGCCGCCACUCCUGUCAAGGUAGCGCUGGUGGUGUUCCGGCCUCUGGCCUUGGAGGAGCGUCCCAUCAUCGUGGGUGGCCUGUUGGCCCUCUGGCUGCUGCCCAUUUUCAUGUCUGCCGCGCGCUUCGUCUUCGCCAAGGUCUACCCGCUCCUGGCACAACGCCUGGAGAUUCCGUUGGCGGUGAUCAUCGUUGUGGCGCUGGUCCUCCAGGUGCUGGGAGUGCUGGCCGUAGUUUGGGUGCAGCAGAACCUGGAGAACUUCUUGAGCGUUCCGGCCACUCUCGUCUUCGUCCUGUACGUCUUGAUCCCCGGCAUUUCCAUCUGCCUUGCGGCACGCAGCAUCCUCCAGGGCGCCAACGAGGCCUACUUCUUCGCCUGUCUUGGGGUGUUCAACAUGGCCAGUGGCUACUUGCGAUGGGCUGGCGACCAGGCGGACGACGCAGCGCUGGAUGGUCAGGUGCCACCCAGAUUUGCGGCAUGCCGAGAGCAGGUCAUGCGCUACCGCCAGUGGCUGUGGAUGGGACUUUGCAUCGAUUUCGUCCUCGAGGAGAUCAUGGGCCGUGUUUGCGGGCUGCACAGUCUCCGUCUUCUCGGACCUCCGAUAAGCUCCACUGGUGCAACGCUUGUGGAGUAUCGCACUUUGGCUUUUGCCGCCGGUCUGGUCGCCGCUGCCGCGCAGGCACGUGUUCUUGAGCUGCUGCAACGUCGAUCUGUUUUGCUGCGGCUACUGGGCGCACGGAAGGCCUUCAUAGGAGGCAUCACUCUGCUGCUGAUGGGCGCAUUCGCCGUGGUGCAGCAACCACGAACGAUGGCAUUCUUGCGAGAGGUAUCCCCGACGCCAUGGUGGUGCUGCAUGAUCCUUUGGUUGCGCCAGUACGGCGCCCUUGUGGGUGGCCUCAUCCCAUUGGUCUUCUACGUGCUCCAGCAACCACAGUCCUUCGGGCGUUUGCCCACGGAGUCCCUGGUGCCGCUCUCCGUGGCUGUUGGAGGCGUCUUAGGCUAUUUGUUUUGCCAGUCCUUCACUGUCCUGUGGCAAGACAAGCGGGAACAUCUGGAAUCCGACUAUCGCGUGAUCUUCCUCUUUCCGCACAUGAGCUCGCAGGCCCGGCAAAAAGCCUCUGUGGCCAUGCGAGUUGCCCUGAAGCGCGGUGCAGAGGCCAGUGAUGGAACUGCGGAGCUUCUCCGGGAUCCCCCCUGCAGAGUGUAUCCGAAGUGUAUCCUUCUUCCCACAUUUUGGGGUUGGGUUUCCUGGACCAUGGAUCGGAAAGGGUUCCUUCUUGGUUUUCAGGUUCGAAGGUAA